CUCCGCGACCGCCUAAGCCAACUAGCCAAGCCAAGCCUCCUCUCUUAUUCUCGUCUUCCCCUUCCUAAAAAAAAUACACUGCUCCUCUUCACUACACGCUUCAGGACACAGAAAAUAAAUUUUUCCUCGACCCAAUCCGAUCACCGAUCUACGUACGCUGUAAUCUGCAAUCCAGCCGGCGCCGCCGAUGGGCUCCUCCGAUCGGAAGGUGGAUGGGAUCGGGGUGGUGGAGGAAGGAAGGAGGAGCUGCGUCGAAUGCCGCACCACCACCACGCCCAUGUGGCGUGGCGGCCCAACCGGGCGCAGGUCUCUGUGCAACGCUUGUGGGAUACGGUACAGGAAAAAGAAGAGGCAAGACCUUAGCCUUGAUCAGAAGGAGCCACCUCCUCGGCAGCAGCAACAUAACGGCGAGGAAGCAAUAACAGCUGAAGUAAAAGACAGCACCAGCAACAGCAACAGCAGCAGCGGUAGCAGCAACUUGCAGGUAGUCCAAGAAAGGAAGCUCCUAAUGGGGGUGGAGGAGGCUGCAUUGUUGCUAAUGACAUUGUCUUCCCCACCUCCAUCCACAUUGCUACAUGGCUGACAGAUCAUUGUGCUGCCUAGUCCCAAUGCACAAAAUGUACAUACAUACAAAAGCAUGCUCACCGUCGGAUGGUUCUGGUCCAAUCAAAUAGUUCCAUUGUUCGUCAGGAUGAGAUAGGGGAUGGAGGGACCUCCUAUCUCCAGAUGAUGUGAUAUUGUGAGGGGCAGGGUGGAUUGGUGCCCAUCUGAUCUGCCCCUUGGCCCUCUGUGGCGUCGUACCGUGGAUCUUCAUUGUGUCAACCUUAUCGGUCUGUGAUUGUGGUAGGCUCCAUGUGAUCAGAGGUCCGUUGAUGUCACCCCUCGCACAUGUAUCUUUUGGUGCUUUUCAUUUUAUUUUUUUGCCUUCUUUUGUUCUUUCAAUGCACAUCGAUGUUGCCCCUUAUACGAGGGAUUGAUGAUGAAAAGGAAACGUCAUCCCUCGUCAUUCUAAAACAAAGGUGAUAAUAAUAAUAAAGGUAAUUUAUUUUUUUGUUUCAGUU